AUGUCGAACAAACAGGGCAAGAUGGCCGGUUACAUCAACUACCGGAUGAGAGUCACUCUCUUGGACGGUCGCCAAAUGACUGGCCAGAUGCUGGCCUUUGACAAGCACAUGAACCUCGUCCUCGCCGACACGGAAGAGUUCCGCAAGCUCAAGCGCAAGACGACAAAGCCUGCUGCCGUUGGCGGCUCGACCCCUCAGACACAAACCAUCGAGACAGAGGAGAAGCGCACCCUCGGUUUGACCAUUGUCCGUGGCGCCCAGAUUGUCUCGCUAUCCGUCGAGUCUCCUCCUCCACAAGAUCCCAGCACACGUCUCGGCAAGACGACGACCGGUGGUCUUCCUACAGCACUCACAGCAGGCCCUGGAGUCGCAAGACCUGCUGGUCGCGGAGCUGCUCCUGCAAGCUUGGCAGGUCCUGCUGCUGGCGUCGGUGCUGGAGCACCUCCUCAGUUCCCUCCUCAGUUUCCCGGUGCCCCAGGUUUCCCAGGCCGAGGCGGCCCCCCAGUUCCUGGCUUCCCCGGUGCUCCUGGCGGUUUCCCUCCUGCUGGCUUCGCUCCUCCUGGAGGUUUUGCUCCUCCUCCUGGUUUCUCCGGCGGUGCGCCUCCUGGAUUCAACCCACCUGGCAGAAGAUAA